AUGGCCGCCCGCCGCACCCUCACCUCCAUUCCCUCGCGUAUCACACUCGCUAAACCCAGCUGUCAAACCUCGAAGCAUCUUUUCCCCCGGAGAACGCAACACAGCUCCUCCUCGACCUCUGCUUUGGCCUACAAAGCUCUCCACCGCCGCAUCAACCCGCUCCCGACACAAGACUCGCUCCCUUCAUGGUCCGCCCCGGCUGCUGUAUCCUCGAUUCUCUACGAAACGCCCCUGCCCUCGGCGUUCGCGCCAAAACGGCACAUACUCAAUUGCCUCGUGCAAAAUGAGCCCGGCGUCCUGUCUCGCGUCUCCGGUAUCCUGGCGGCACGGGGGUUCAACAUUGACAGCUUGGUCGUCUGCAACACGGAAGUGGAAGAUCUGUCCCGCAUGACAAUCGUGCUGUCCGGCCAGGACGGGGUGGUAGAGCAGGCCCGUCGGCAACUGGAGGAUCUGGUCCCCGUGUGGGCGGUGCUGGACUACACGGCCGCGCCCCUCGUCCAGCGGGAACUGCUGCUCGCGAAGAUUUCGAUCCUGGGCCCGGAGUAUUUCGAAGACCUCAUGGCUCAUCACAGGGAGAUGUCCGCGGCGGACGCUUCGAAGCUCGAGGAAAUGGCGCAGUCGGCGGAUGCGGAGACACCAGGGCAGCAGCGCGGAGGACCCGACGCCGAUUAUCAUCCUAAUCGACUGGCGGCCAGUCAGGCGUUGCGACACAAGUAUGAGCAUUUGGAUGCCAUCACGCAUUUGACGCAUCAAUUUGGCGGAAAGGUAUUGGAUAUAAGCACCAAUAAUUGUAUUGUUGAGAUCUCUGCGAAACCUCCUCGAAUAGAUGCCUUCAUGAAGCUCAUCUCGCCCUUUGGCAUCUUGGAGUCUGCACGGACUGGCCUGAUGGCUUUGCCUCGAUCACCAUUGGACGGCGGCGUAGAGGAACUUGAGAAGGAGGCUGGUGAUGUGGUAGAUGCGAGCUCUCUGCCGCCAGGAUAG